GGGGUUAAAGGAAUCCUGAAACUGUCUGUGCUUCAUAAUGUUUGUCCUUUGGUAAUUAGAGAGGGUAAUAGAGAGUCCUUUUGUGCAGAGGAGAACUGUCAUGAAGGGAGGUGCAUUACUUAUUCAUGGUUGUAGCGCAGACUCAGUGAAAGAGCAGUCCCUGGCAUUCCCUGUUACCAGUGCAACAAGUGACCGGCCUGUGUUCCAAAACACUGCUCGACAGACUCAUGCCUUCCCAGGAAAGAAUUCCUGUCUUCCCAGAGUGUGAUAAGAAGUAUUGCAUGGAUUUAAAUGUUACACCGGCUGAAGGGAGAAGUGGCAUAACACCAGUCCACCUGUCAAUUCGUUACUGUCUCAGGAAGAAAGACUAUUACUUUGGUUUGAAAGAAAGCAAGCACUGCUCUCCAGCAGAACAGCUUCGACACAGAGAGAAUGAAAAUGCCCAUUUUAACAAGAUGACUGAUGGAAAUGAAACCGAGGGAGAAAAGCACCUUUUUUCUCGGCAGCCUGUGAUCCCUCAGCCUAAUUCUUCUCAUGAAAAGCAAUCUAUGGCUGAUCACAAUUCAGUCAGCACUAAUAGAGCAUUCACAGCACUUCCCAUCAAAUUAGAGAUUCAGACAACGUUAGAUAAAUCCAUACAUGGGCCAAACUUGAAUUCCAACCACCAAAAACAAAGCCACACAGUGAGGAAAGGAUUUUCUUCUAUUACAAUUACGGCAAAGAAAAAUAAUCCACAAUCGAACCAUGCUGAGAUAAAAACUGUCCCUGAACCCAUUAUGUCUCUGUGCAGAAACAAUAACAUGGCAUUCCAGGGUUCUGAUUUCUCUUCUGAACUUCAUCAGCCAUCACAAGAUAAACAUAGGCACCUUUCUCUGAGUGCUUCUAGAUGUAGAACCUUUCAUACUUGUCUACAGACAUCUUCUAGCACACCUUGCCGAGCUUGUAUUUGCAGAAAGGAAAACAGUCAUUUAAGCUCAAGUAAUGGAGAAGAUAGGGUAUCAUUCAUCUCCUCCAUCUACAGUACAACAAAUCAGGUUUCUCCUGCAGUAAUCAGCUAUGUAGACAAGUCCCUUGCUUUGUGCCUUGGGAAAAUAAAGACGUCCAGUCAAAACAUCUAUAAAUCAGAAAUGUCUUUCAAAAUAAACCAUCAUCCACCCAGUAGGAAUGAUACUAUAAACAAAGUUGGCACGGAGUUGUGUAGGUCUGUCUCAUUAGCUGAUAGAAAAACGAUAUUUAAUCUAGAAGCUAGAGAAAGACCUUCUUUCCAAAAGCAGCCAGACAUUUUGGACAAUGACCUGGAAACAAAAAGCUAUGCAAGAUCUGAAUAUCUGUUUAAAACGAAAGAAACAACAAAGGAUUGCAAUGAACUUAAUAUGAAACUGAAACAUGACACCAAAUACCAGUUAGAUCCGCCAAAAUGGCUCUCUCAAGGACCACGUUCAUGUUCAGCAAAAAUUAAAGGCAAGGCUAAUUACAGCAUUGACCCUUGGGGUGAUUCAACUGUAUUUAAUUUAGAAACCAAAGAGAGAACUUCUUUCCAAAGGCAGCCAGACAUUUUGGACAAUGACCUGGAAACAAAAAGCCCUGCUAGAUCUAAAUAUCUGUUUAAAACUAAAGAAACAACAAAGGGUUGCAAUGAACUGAAUAUAAAACUGAAGCAUGACACCAAAUACCAGUUAGAUCAACCAAAAUGGCUCUCUCAAGGACCACGUUCAUGUUCAGCAAGAAUUAAAGAAUCUAAUCAUCAGGUGCUUACACCAAAACCUGAUCCCCAGUUACAAAGAGGUUGCCUGUCUGAGGGAAAGAGUAACUUUCAGCCGGAAAGAUCUAAAAGCACCACAUUUAAUUUCAUAUUUGGAAAACAGACUCCAAAGUCAGAAAACGGAAAACAGAUUUCCCACAAGGAAAACAUUGCUCCAAACGGUUCCAAGUGGCCCAAGUCCUGUGAGAAAACAGAGCGUGAUUGUAUUGAGGACCUGCCAUUGCCCUUACAAACAAUGAUUUUUCAACAGCAACAGUUGAAGGAAAACAAGGAGAGUGAAGCAGAAGGCAUGAGUUUGAGGGAGGCCCUGGAACUCCAUAGACCGGACUUUAUAUCUAAUUCACAAGAGCGUGUUCACAAACUGGAGCUUAUGGCACAGCACAGGAAAAUCAAGCAGGUGCAGGUUCCCCCAAAGACACUUCAGUCUCCACUUUCAAAGCUCACACCAAAAGUCACUUCUUACAGGAGAAAGCUCUUCACGGUGCCUCUUCCACUGAGCAAUAACUUAUUUAAACCAACGGAGAGGGUUAUUUCAGAGAAGGAGAUGCAACAAAGAUCAAAAAGGAUUUAUAACAGCUUGCCAGAAGUUAAAAGGAAAAAGGAAGAAGAAGAGAAAAAAAUGAUACUACUGAGCAACAGAAUGAGAGCUGAACUCUUCAAAAAGAAACUACUGAACCAAGUUCUCCAAAGAAAUGCCGCCUAAUGAACAGCAAGGGAUCCUAAUGAAUGACUAGCGUUAAAGUGAGAUUAUCUAAUGGGCUCAAAUGUAUCUCAUUGUUUGCAGUCUAUUAACUGUAAUCAAAAGCCUAUUCUGUAUUACAUUUAGGUUUUUUUUUUUAUCAAGGUCAGAAUUUAUCUCAGUAUUUAGAAAUCCAAGCUACUCAGAUUGCCUGAAUGGACCUUAUCUAUGAAGAAAAAAGGCUGAAAAAAUAGGGUCGGGCAAACUUCAGAGCUUUCCCCGA